AUGGACGAUUGGAAGCAACGCGUGAAGAUAGUGCUGGAUCAAAUAUACGCCGUGGACCCGUACUAUGUACAGAGCAACGAGACAAGGAUCGUCAAUCAGAUCUCGUACGCGGACAUCGCCGCAGGUCGGACAAGUCCGAGCUCCAGGGGUUCUAGCCCCUUUAGAAAUCCCCGAGACGAGGUUUCUUCGGUGCCCCUUUCGAUUCAAGUGCUCAAACCUACCGUGCAACUGUCAAGAACAAUGGAAGCCCAGAAGCAACCUGCUAUCGAACCAACUGGCGACAAUACUCCAGCAAAUGCUGCAACAGCGGAGACGAAGAUGAAAGAAGAACAGUCAAGACCUGAAGAGCAGAACGAGCAGAAGGAGCCUGAAGUAAGAACCGAGGUUAGAAGACGCGUCUCUAAAGUAGAUUCGGUGGACUCUAGAUUGAGAAAUCAGUCUAGAAGAUCUGGUUCUGUGCGAAAGGACGUUCGAGGACCUAUAAGGGAAUCUCCUGAAAGAAAUUCGUCCGCGGAGGCUGACAAUGAAAUUUCUGGAUCAGACGCUUCUAGAUCGGUAGUGGAACAGAGGAAGGAACCGUUUGUACUUAAGAAUACACUGGCCCCUAAGGUGGAGAGAAGAGGAAGGUCCGCCAGUCCCAUUUGGAUGCCUGGAUCAACUUCCUACGCGGAUAUUCUUCGUGGAAACAGACAGAAUUCUCGCAGCCCUUCGGUGGAGACUGGCAAAGAUGCUCACGUAGUUGGUAGAGAAGUCGCAGAGACUGUGGUCGAGGAAUCUUCCGUAGAAACUGUUCAGACGGAGAAGAUGGAAUUCGAGGUGGCCAAAGUGGAAGUAAAGGAAGGGGUAACGGCUGAAAAUGCCUUUAUGGAACAACCAAGCGAAGACGUAGCAGUGGAGAGCUACCAACAGCAGCCUGCCGAGGUCGUGCACGAAGUUGUACCUGAAGUCGAGUCUCCUGUGAAAACUUCUGAGGAACCGAGCGAAACUCAAACCAGUUGGACGGACGAAAGCAUGGACGAGUACGUUUUAUUGAAUGAGAAAAGUUACGAAAAUGUUGCAAGACCGCCAGUUGCAACGCAACAAGUUCCAGAGGUCUACAACUAUAUUCAUCCGGCUAUUCCUGAAUUGGUUGGUUUCAUCGGGUCUCAGAUCGCCUAUCCAGUAAGUUCCUAUGUCUACAUGCCAGCUGCACCGCCUCAGCAAAUGGCUCUUCCUCAUUACACCGAAAGUCAGAUGGCCUUCCCAUCGGAGCCGUACGUGACACAGCCUAGCUACAUCCCUGAACCAGAGAUUUAUCAGCAAAAUCAGUUGCAGAAGCAUCCACAAAGGCAUCCGCAUCAAACCAAAUUCAAGAUCCCUCCAAAGACUACUCCUGUAGUUGUGCAGAACGUUGAAGAGAAGUGUUUACCUUCAAGAGCUCAACAACCUGUGGAUAUUGAGCCUGUCGUUCAGUCAAAUAUUCAAGCUGCUGUGCAACCUGCUGUUCAAGCGGAAGAAGUUUCUGAACCAGAAAAACCAGUAGAACCAGAACAGCCUAUGCAGCAGCCUAUCGAGCAACCUGCACAACAAGUUUCUACGCCAGUUGCAGAAAGUACACCUAUUAAGACGAAAAGUAUUACCUCAAGCGAGAGCAAGACAUUCUCGUACGCCCAAAUUUUAUCGCAGGGUCUCAGUUCUAAACCGACAUCGACUACAAGUAGUCAAUCAUCGACAACGGUGACUUUGAUCUCAAAACAGGCGAAAGAGCGUUCACGCUCGCCAGUGAACUCGGCGACAUCCUCUGUGCACGAGUCGAGUCCUCCUCAGGAAGCUAGACAGACUCGAGAAUCGACCGUAGGCAAGUCAGCAAAUACGUGGGAUAUAUCGAGGAGAAGGGAGACGAGAAAGACUCACCAGGAGUCGCCAAAGACGAAGAUUCCUGAGAAGAGAGCUCGCAGAGGACCAGAGCAGCCAAAGGCUUCAGAAGUAUUUCAGAAACCUCAGAAAGAGAAAGUCAGGACCAGUACGGAACAACAGAAACAAGUAUUCGAAUUCAAAGAUGAAAUUACCGUGGAAGAUUUGACGGGUUCUCCGAAGGUAACUCCGAAGAGUGUCAAGGUUGAGAUUAGAAAGGAACAAGUGGACGAUGUUAAACCAGAAAAGAGAAUAGAUGCUGAAGAAACGAAAAAAAUGGAAGAUCACAAGCAGGAUGAAAAGGACGUUCAGGAGGAGAAGGAGGUUGAUGUUCAACAGAGGAGCAGGUCUCAGGAGAAGAAACGAAAGGCGAAGAAGAAGAAGCCGGAGAAGGUGGACGACGAGAUAGAGAAGGCCCUGAAGGAGAUCGAGGAUAUGGAUAAGCAUAAAAAGAGGGAUAAGUCGAGGGAACAGGCUAAGAAAGAUACGGUUCAAGCUACGGUGGAAAAAUCCAAAGAAGAAAGUGAAAAGAAGAACGUGAAAUCUAAUGAAAAGAAGAAACAGGGUAAAUCGAAGAUGGAGAAGAUUAAAGAUGAAUCGGAGACUGGAGUAAGUCAAUCUAACGCGAAAGAACAGGUUAAAUCGAAAGACGAUGCGAAAGAGAACAAAGAGGAGAAAGAUUCUGGGAAAAGGAUCGCGAAGGAUGACGUUAAAGCUUCUGAAGAGAAAGCAACGAAGGUUGAAAGUCGAAAGAACGAACCUGAGAAGAGAUCUGAAGUGAAGAUGGAUGCGAGUGAAACGAAGAAAGUGGACGCGAAGGAAGAGAAACCGUGUAAAAAGAAGCAAAAGGGUAAGGAACAAGCUGGUACAGCGAAGGACAAAUCUAAUAAAGAUACCAAACCCACGAAGGUUGACGCGGGGUCGGAGCAAAUUAAGAAGACAACUGAUGAGGAUAAAGUAGAGACUCCGAAACAGAAACACGUAAAACCAGAUUCAGUUGAAAGUGUUCAAAAUUUGGAGCAGAUAAAGAAAGAAGACACAAAGGCUACGAAGCCUGUAAAAUCAGACAAAACGCCUGAAACUAAAGUUGAACCUAGGAACAAAGUGCAAAGCGAGCCUAAAGAGAAAGAGCCAAUGAAAGAACAGGAGAAAUCGAAAAAGAAUAAGAAACAGAAACAAGGCAACGAACAGGAGACUUCUAAAGUCCAGACACCGAAAAAACAGAGCCAACAGAAAGAAGACAAGAAAGUAGAACAGUCGAAACAAAAGAAAUCCGAAGAGAAAUCAGAAGUAACAAAAGAUGUGAAAUUGGGUGAAAAGGAAGAAGUUGAAGCAGAAGUUAACGUAAAAACUCCAAAAGACGAUAAAGAUAAGAAAGUGGCUGAGAAAGAGAAAGGGAAGGAGGAUGAUACAAAAGAACAGAAGAAGGAGGAUACGGUAUCGGAAGUAGAACCGAAAACAGAUAUUAAAGAAGAACAGAAAAUGGUAAUUAGCGCGUUGGUUCGCGUAAUGGAAUCUACGAUGGAGAUUAGCAAAGGUGAUGAGUCGAAACCAGAAACAGUGGUGCAGGAAAAUGCAGACGAAAAAUCAACGAAUAAACGAGAGAAGAAACAGAAUAAAUCUGGUGAAGAACAAAUGGUUCAGACUAAGAAUUUGAAGAAAGAAUCGAAACCAGAUUCUGUACAAAAGGAGGAACCGAAAAAGGUAGUUGAAUUGGAAAAACAGACGAAAUCGAAGGGAAAGAAAUCGAAGAAAGAACCCGAUGUUAGUCAGAAGCCUGCGCCUGAAGCGAUAAAGAUGGCUGAAAAAGAAGAAAAGAAGAUCAUCGAUAAGCAAGUUAUCGAAGAGAAAUCAAUUAAAGGGGAAGAAAUUGUCACGGAACAAUCGAAAAAGGAAUUAAAAACUGAACCUGUCACGCCAAGUAAAGGACAAUCUGAUAAGAAAAGACGAAAGAAGUCUAAGUCACCGACAAAAGCAAAGAAAGAAGAAGAUUCAAAGUCUGCGUUGCCUGUGGAAGAAAAGGAGAAACCUAAAGGAAAAGAAGCAGUAGAAGAAGCUAAAUUAGAAGAAAAGAAUGGUAAAAUCGAUAACGAUGGCAAACUGAUAUCUAUAGAAGAAACGAGAAUUACCGGAGUUGAAGAAAAAAUUACUGCGAUCCAAGCGGAAAAUCAGAAGGAAGAAAAUAUUGUAACAGAGAAGAUUGAAGCACAACCUAAUAUCGAGAAGAGUAUUACUGGAGAAAAACCUACAGAAUGCGUCGAAAUAUUUGUAGACAAAAAGGCGGAAGAAACUGUAAAGAAACCGGAAGAACCUGAGAAAGUUGAAACUAGCGACGUGAAAAAGAUAGAAGGAAUUCUUCUGCCUGAAGUACCGAAAACCGAUAGACCGGAAAUCCAAGAAGUUCCAGGAACACCAUCAAAGUCCAAGAAAGGGAAAUCAAAGGAAAAAGCUGUCACCGAAAAUACCACGCCCAUUUCCGCGAUCGAGCCGAAAGAAGAACCCAAGUCCAGUCAACCAAGCACACCGAAGUCUGACAAGAGAAAGAAGAAGAAACAGGAGAGUAAAGACAAAAUCGUGGUCGAACCUCCACAACUAGAACAAACGAUAGUCACUGAAAAACCUAGCACAGACACGAAACCAAUCGAAGAAUCUGAAAAAUCAAUGGAAACACCAUCAUUAAAACUCGUAACUCCACUGAUAGAGACUCAGAAUAAAAAGCAAGGCCACGUUAAAAAACCAAUUGAAAUCGAGAAAAUUUCACUGACAAAGUCUGACGAUUCAGAAUCUCGCUCGCAAGAACUGAUUGAAAAUCCAAGUACAGAAGAAGAUUCUCUUCUUUCAAAGAACGAGAAAACUGCAAACGUUUCAGCCACUGUUUCACCAACCACAGAAUCAUCUUCAUUGGAGAAAACGGUUACCACGGUGACCAGCAGCGUGCCUGAACCUGUCGAAGCAAAGCCAUCGAUCGAAAAAAUCGUAGAGAACUUAGAAAGUAUUCCCUCAUCCAAGGUCGUAGGCUCCAAACCCACUGAAUUAAUCACCCUGCGUCCUGAAACAGUAGAGAGUAGCCUAACAACCACCGAAUAUGCUAGGGUAUCGGAUGAUUCAGCUGUUGGUAUCCCCUGGAAAGCAUUAGAUACGUUAGCAGACGUUGACAAAUCAAUUUCCGAUUACACGGUAUAUCUUGACGAUCUUGUUAAAGACGAUCAGCCGAUUCUGUUCGGUAGCGUUCAGGAUAGGAGGAGAGGUCGUUCUGGAACUCCGAAAUCUGUAGGAAGCGCGAGAGACGAGAGGGAGUUGGAUAAUUUCGAGAAAGAACAGGACGCGAAAGUUAUGCAGGAUAAAUCUAAGCACGAAGUUGAGGGUAAGAAGGAUAGGAUGAGGGUUAAGGAGGAAGUUAAGAUUGUCGGAGAAGCUGCAAGUGUAGAAUCGAAAGAUUCAGGUGAGUUAGUGGUAGAGAGUGAAGGUGAAAUUGUGCAAGAGAAAGGAAAGAUGGGUACGGGACCGGAAGAGUCUUCUUCUGAUAUUGAACAGGGACAGGGAAAAGGAACGGGUAUCAUGUCGUUAGAAUUGGAAUUAGACACUCGUGAAGUAAGUAUUCUUCCUACUCAUGUAAGACAUAUGACACCUGGUACAAAAUAUAUUCCCGAAAUUGUAACUGCUCCUGUUGACGUUCCUAAGUCUGAAACGGAAAAUAUUGAAGAUAAAAUAAGUACGGUUGAAAAGAAGGUAGGAGACGUUGAGCAACGUAAAGUUGAUGAUUCUAAACCUAGAACGGAAGAAGUUAAAGAAAAAGCAGCUCUACUUGAAGAGAAGAUCGUAGACUCUGAAAAACAAGAAGUCUCUAUUAAGGAUGAAGAUUCUAAACCUGAAAAGCCAAAGGUUGAAGAUAAAUCAGGUCAGAUUAAAACAAAAGUUGCAAAGUCUAAAAAACAAGUAGAAGUUACUGUUAAGGAUGAAGAUUCUAAACCUGAAAAGCAAAAGGUUGAAGAUAAACCAAGUCAGAUUGAAACACAGGUUGCAGAGUCCAAAAAACAGAUAGAAGUUUCUGUCAAAGGUGAAGAUCCUAAAACUGAAGAGAAAAAGGUUGAAGAUAAACCAAGCCAGAUUAAAGCACAAGUUGCAGAGCCUAAAAAACAAGUAGAAGUUUCUGUCAAAGGUGAAGAUUCUAAACCUGAAAAGCAAAAGGUUGAAGAUGAAACAACUCAGAUUAAAACACAAGUUGCAGACUCUAAAAAACAAGUAGAAGUUUCCGUCAAAGGUGAAGAUUCUAAACCUGAAAAGCAAAAGGUUGAAGAUGAAACAACUCAGAUUAAAACACAAGUUGUAGAGUCUAAAGAACAAGUGGAAGUUUCUGUUAAAGGUGAAGAUUCUAAACCUAAAAAACAAAAGGUUGAAGAUAAACCAAGCCAGAUUAAAGCACAAGUUGCAGAGCCUAAAAAACAAGUAGAAGUUUCUGUCAAAGGUGAAGAUUCUAAACCUGAAAAGCAAAAGGUUGAAGAUGAAACAACUCAGAUUAAAACACAAGUUGCAGACUCUAAAAAACAAGUAGAAGUUUCCGUCAAAGGUGAAGAUUCUAAACCUGAAAAGCAAAAGGUUGAAGAUGAAACAACUCAGAUUAAAACACAAGUUGUAGAGUCUAAAGAACAAGUGGAAGUUUCUGUUAAAGGUGAAGAUUCUAAACCUAAAAAACAAAAGGUUGAAGAUAAACCAAGCCAGAUUAAAGCACAAGUUGCAGACUCUAAAAAAGAAGCAGAAGUUUCUGUCAAAGGUGAAGAUUCUAAAACUGAAAAGCAAAAGGUUGAAGAUAAACCAAGCCAGAUUAAAGCACAAGUUGCAGACUCUAAAAAAGAAGCAGAAGUUUCUGUCAAAGGUGAAGAUUCUAAAACUGAAAAGAAAAAGGUUGAGGAUGAAGCAAGUCAGAUUAAGACGCAGGUUGCUGAGUCUAUAAAACAAGUAGAAGUUCCUACUAAGGUUAAAGAGUCUAAACCUAUCACAAAAGAAAUUUACCCAUGUUACUUUACAGACUUGGUCAAACCUUACUGGUUCAAUUAUCGUCCUUACAUCGAGGCAGAGAUCAAUUUCCAUCGGUGUUUCAAAGUAGUAGAGGUAAUAGAAGAAAAUGUGCCUGCUUCUGCACCUCCAAGAUUGGAGAGUAUCGAAAGAAUUGCUCAAGAAUCGAUUAUGAAGGAGCCUAAAGAAGAAGAAGAGAAGUCAGAAGACACGGAGCAAUCCGAAGCUGAAAGCAGAAAGCUUUCGCUUAUCAAAGAAACUCUGAAAUAUCCUAUUAGCACAUUUUACAAAGUAGAAUCCGAUUGGGUGAAAUCUAAGCAGACUAAAGAGAAAGAAGUUAUGGCAACUCCUUUGGAGGAAUCUAAUCUUACAAGCGUUGAAAUUGUGAAGGAAACAAUGCAGAUUCAAGAAGAUAAAAAACAUUCCGAGAUAUUAGAUGCUCAAAACAUUUCAGAAAAAGACAUUGACAAAGAGAAAACUAUCGCAGAAAUAACCACGGAGAUUAAAUCUACGGACAUGAUUUUGGACCAAACGGCAGCUCUUAUCGAGAAUGUGAAUAAAGAGCUUGAUAUGAUGAAAAAAGAGAAGGAGCAGAGUACAGCCGAGGGAAAAGUAGAAGAUAAAGAGGAAGAAAAAGAACCUGAGAUACGGAAGAAGGAGCAACAAGUAUCUGAUAAGAAGCCGAAAGAGAAAUCGAAGAAAGAGAAGCAGCCGAAAGAUGAGAAGUCAAAGUCUAAGAAAGAAGAAAAGAAGGAAAUAACAUCACCGGUAAAAGAACCUGAAGUAGUUGAAAAGAACGAUAUUACAGAAUUAACCAAGGCUGUGGAACAACUUACUAUGAUUAUCCAUGAAGAAACUAAAGAAGCUUCAUUGGCAUUCAAACAGUCUGAAGAAGUUGAGAAGAAAGAUAUUGCGAUUGUACAGGGGACAGAGUUGGCACAGACAACUGAACAACUUGUCACAAAAAUAGACGAACCUUCGGCAGUUCAAAUUAUCGAUCAAAAAGAAGAAGAAAAGAUAGCAAAGAAUAUUACGGAAGAAGAACCAUUAAUCACAUUAGAACCAAAAAUUGAAGAAGUAGUAAAACCUGCAAUCGAAUCUUCUGAAGUGGAGAAAGUGAAAGAAGAAACGAAAUUAGAAAAAGAUAAGAAGGAACAUGAGAAACAGGAUGAAAAGAAAGAAAUUGUUCCAGAACCUCAGAUCCUAAUUGAAGAGAAAAUUGAGAAGGAAAGUGAGAAGGUUGAAAAGCCUGUUUCUGGAAAGAAGAAAGUUUCCAAAGAACCUAAAAAGAAAGAUGUUAAAGAGAUAACGAGAGAAGAAAAGUUAAGCACAGAGGAAAAAGCCUUGUCGCAAGAAUCUAUUAGUGUCGUGACUGAAUCAACAGCAACUGAGAAAUCAAUGAAUGGCAAAGUACCAGAGAUAGAAGAUUCGAAUGCAUCUGAAUCUCCAGUGAUAGAAAGGAAAACUAAACCCUCGGAUAAGCCUAGGAAAGAAGAAGGAAGGACAAAGUCAGGAAAGCAGAAACAGCCUAAAGAAAAGUCUGAUAUUAAAUCUACGUCUACCCCAGAAAAAGAUGCAAAGAAACAAGAAGAACAGGAAAUUUCUUCGCCAGAUUCGAAGAAGAAACGUGAUGGAAAGUCGAAAAAAGCAAAUGAAAUCCCAGCAGUGGUUCCUCAAGAAACACCUUUGGCUGAAGCUCCUUUGGAAGAAACUAAGAAAGAAGAAUCUCGAUCAGAAAUAAAAGAAAUAUCUAAGGAAGAAAUUCAACCGGUAUGCGCCAAAUCAUGGGCAUCUGUCGUUGGUAUGAAAGGAACUAGCGAUCUUCCUGCAGAAAAUGUACAAUCUAUGACAGUAACUCCUCAAGAAUCGAUAAGUGGAACAGCAGAAUUAGGCAAGGUAGCACAGAUAGUAGAAACUGUGCCUGAAGAACCACAAAGCCCACAAACGCAGCAUAAGAAACAUCAAAAGAAGAAAGAUACGAAACAAGAAAAGAUUGUUACCGAAGCAAAAGUGUCUUCUGUCGAUACUGAAACUGAGAAGGAAAGUAUGAAGUCUGUCGUUCCUGAGAAAGUUGAAGAAUUAGAAUUAAAUAUGAAAGAUUCUAACAAAUCGUACGCUCAAGUAGCAGCUUCUAGCAAGGGAACUUCUCCACAAUCGAAUCAAGAAGACGUUGUGUUACUCAAACCGAUUCCUCUUAUGCCUGAUCAAAAAUUAGAUAAACUAAUCGAAGACGAAAGAAUUACAUCUGAAAAAUCAUUAAUAAUCACAGAAACUCCAGAGGCUGAAAAAGAAACAUCCAAACCCGAGGAAAUAGCAACAGAUAAAAAGUUCAACGAAUUAAUUACUGAACAAGACGUUUUCAAAAUAGAGUCAACUUCGUGGGUGGAAGAAAUUGAAAAAGAAGCAAUGACGGAAGAAACUAGUUCCAUGUCGCCAAUUCCAAGCGCGAUAGUAGUCGAAACGCCGCAGAAAAUGAAGGAUUCGUGGGCUACUAUUGUUAGUAAACACGCGGAACCGCAGGAACCUCUCUCAUCGCCCACUAGCGAAAAGAUUAUGAUGAAAAAACAACAAACUGCCGAACAAAAUUCAAAUCCCCAAAUACAAAUCCACGUGGAAGAAGCUCCAGAGCCGAUAUCAAUUGAAGAAGUGGUUAAAAUCGACGAACAAGGUUUUAUGGAAUUCGUAAAUCGAAAAGAACUGCGAUCUAGACGAUCGAGAUCGCGUUCUAGAAGCAUCAGACGAGACGAAGCAAGCUCGAAACAGUCGAGUGAUAAGCCUAUAGUUCCUGAAGAAAUUUUGGCAGAAGAACAGAAGCAGUUGGGCGCGCAAAAAGUGGAGGAACAAAAGAAAAAAGAUGGAAAUAAAGGAAAGGAGGGAAAAUCGAAGAAAAAGAGAGGUGAAGCAAAAUCGAGCAGUGGAGAUCGCAAUCAGGUGACAGGAAAGGAUGAACAGGAAAAGGAUAGAGAAAGCCUUCAGAAGGAAAAAGAUAAAGAAAAGACGAGUAAGAUCGAGGAAAAGGAUGUGAAGAAGAUAGAGAAAGAAAUAAUAGAGCCAUUAGUCGAGGAGAAGAUACAGAAACAGGCAGAAAAGAAAGAUACUAAGCAACACGAGGGCAAAUCGAAGACGAAAGAAGUUAAUUUGAGCCAAGAAAGCAAAGAAAAGGUAGGAGAGAAAGUUGAAGAAAAGCUUGAUGAGGAAGUGAAAGAAAUAGAGGUUGUGAAGCCUGAAACUCCAGAAGUAGAUAAAAUAAUCGAAAUGGAUAAACAGAAUUCGAAAUCAGCAGAUAAAUGGAGAAAAGCAGAAACAAAGGAACAAUCUAUUGCUGCUUCAAAGAAGAGUAAGAAAUCAAAGAGAGGAAAAUCUGAUAAGGAACAGCCAAAAGAAGAACUAGAACAUAAAGAACAAAUGAAACAGUCGGGUGUUGUUCAGGUAACAGAAAUACAACUGAAAUCUGAAGAUGAAAUUGUGAAAGAACCAGAAACUAAAGAAGUUAAAGAAAUUCAAGAAGUAUCAGCAAUUACAAAAUCUGAAGCUGAAAGUAAACCUGAGAUUGUGGAAGAAAUUAAAUCUGAAAAAUCAACGUCUCCAAGAAAACGUAAAGGAAAAUCUAAAGAAAAGAAAGUAGAGACAGUAUCAGGAAUUAGCGAAACAUCGAUUGAAGAAAAGAAGGUACCUGAAUCUAAAAUUAAAGAAGAAAUACCGGCAAAGGAGACAGAGGUUCGAGAAAUUAAAGAAGUUGAAGAAGAAAUAAAAAUUACAAAUCCUGAAAAAUCAACCGACACAGAGAAGCAUAAAGAAAAAUCUGAAGAAAAGAAAGUAGAAACGGCGCCAGAACGAAUCAUCGAAACAUCGGUUGAUGAGAAGAAAGUAUCUGAACUUGAGAUCAAAGAAAUGUCGGUAGAAAAAGUAAAGGAAGAUGUAAAAGAAAGUGAAGCAAGUCAAAAGAAAGAAAUUGAUUCUAAACCAGAUGUUCCUGAAGAGAAAAAAGAAGUAUCUGCAAAGGAAGCAAUUGAGGAGAAACAUAAAGAAGAACCAAUUAAGUCUCCGCAAACACCUGUUGCAGAAAUGAUUGUAGACACUAAAACAGAAACAGCAGAGGUAAAAGAUGAGGCUCAUACAGACAAAAAGUUGAAACUUUCGAAGAAGGAGAAACGAAAGCAAAAGAAGAAAGAAAAAUCAACUAGACGAGCAUCCAGCGAAGAAAAAUCAGAAAAGGAAACAUCUGAGACGUUUGUUCCAGAAAAGAAAGAAGAAACAGUAACACUGGAAGAAGUAAAGCCAGAAGAAGCAAAGCCAGACGAAGUAAAGCCAGAAGAAGUAACUAUUUCACCUGAUGAAACCAAUCAAGAAAAAGAACUUAAUGAAAAACUACAAGAAAUUAAGAAAUUGAGCGCAAUCAUCCCUGGGGUGAUUCCUGAUGAAAUAAAGCUUGUUCCAGAAACUAUGCUUAAACCGAUAGUCAAGGAAAAGACAAAACCAAGUAGAGAAGAAGCAGAACUUUUGAAACCAACUGAAGAAAAGGAAAAAGUUUCAGGAGAAAUAGAAAACUUUGCUGAAAACAAAAUCGAGACAUCUAAACUAGUUACAGAUAAAUCUGAAACGCCCAAACCAGAGACAGAUAAAUCUGAAGUGCCUAAACCAGAGACAGAUAAAGCUGAAACAUUUAAACCGGAUGAAACUGAAACGCCCGAACCAGUGACGAAUGAAGCCGAAAAAGACAUAAAACAGAAAGAAGAACCAACAUCAGCUUCGAAAGAAAAAUCGAAACGUAAGAACAAACAGGCGAAGAAAGGUAGACGUGAAGAACAAGAAGCAGCAACGAAGUCUACGGAUGAAGAAGUUCAAUCGCCAAAGGAUGAGAAAGAAAUUGAAAUAUUAAGCGCAGGUUCUACUGUUCCAUCGACUCCGGAAAGUCCAAAAGAAACAGUCGAUCGAGAGAAAGACGCGACGAUACCUGAAGAGAAAAUAGAAUCAGGUGCACAAUUGAAUAAGUUGGAGAUUGAUGAAACAAGGAUCGAGGAGGUUAAGAAAGACGAGGAAGAAGCGAAGGAUGUCUUGCAGGAACAAGUCGUUUUGAAAGAAACAAUUAUACAAGAAAAGACAGAAAUAUCUGCCAAAGACCAGGAAGAAGUCGAUCGUCUACAGAAAACCGCAGAAAUUCCAGAAGCUCAGCCUCUAGAAAAGAAACCUACGAAAGAAGAAAAAUCUAAAACGAAGAAAAUUAAAGAUAAGAGACAGGAAGAGACGACUAAAAAUGUCGAGGAAAAGAUAUCUGAAGAGGAACCAGUAAUUUCCAAAGAGGAAAUACCAGACAAAGUUUCUGAAGUUAAAACGGAUAAAGUCGUUCCACCCGAGGCAAAACCGGAAGAAACCAUUAAACCUGCUGAAAUAAUAGUGAAUGGUAAACUAACAGAAGAAGAUGACAAAACUGAGAAGGAAGUAACAGAAAAGAAGACAGAAGAAAUCGAAAGGGCACAAUCGGGAAUUGUAAAAGAACUCGAAAGUAUAAUGCAAGAAACCGAUCAACUUCCACAACGAGAUAUAUCAACAGAAAAAUUAUUACAUAAAAUUGAGUCUCCCAUAACCAUGGAAUCGAUGCAGUCUCAACUAGAAACCGAAGAAGAAUUCGAGAAAUGUAUAUCCAGUGAACCAGAAAUAGAAACGGUAGACAUCGUGGUCGAGCCGGUGAAACCAAAAGUACAAUUCUACAUAGCCGACGAAAUUCUAGUUCUAAGUCCGGAGAAGAAAAAACCCGUACAAACUCCCCUAAUCUUAAAAACCCUGUCAGAACUCAGUAGAUCCAAGUUCCUUUCUCUUGAUAGCGGUUUUUGGCCGGACAAACACCCCUAUCACGAGGCUGAACGCUACCUGUUCGAAAAUUUGGCUAACUAUCCGAUGGAAAGUCUUUCCGACGAUAUCAACCGCGAUUCUAACGAUAAAGAUGAUUUCGACGGGGAUCAGGGCGGUGGUAAUUUGAACGAACGCGGCGGUAAUGGUGGCCCCUUGAAUUCUUAUUUCAUGGGUGGACCGCAUACCGAACGUCUGAUCGCCGAUCUCCCAGGUGGUAUAGGUAGCUGGAGCGAUUACAGUACUUACUUGUCGAGCGAGAACGAGCAGAGAACGGACCAAUCCACCGAAAUGGUUCAGGAAAAGAUCGAGAAUCCAAUGUCAGACCUAAUAUAUCCCUCCGAUAAUCUAAUUUCUGAGUUAUCCUCUGUCCAUCUCAAGGACGACCAGUCUAUUUCCAAAUUCGACGAAUUGUCGUUGGAGCGUGACGUUCCUACAACGUCAGAAAACUCUGAAGAUGUAAAAUUGUCGUCACUGUCCACUGUCGAAGUAUCCGCUUCUGGCGAACAACCCCUAAAGCUCGAUUACAAGACCGUGAGCCCGGAUCAACUAUCAGAGUCCACUUAUUCCGAUCCACGUGAGUUAUCCCCAACACCAAGUAUCCCUGACCAUGAUCCAGAUCCCAAGAAACAUUUAGGUAGAGAAAAAGGAUCGAUGCAGCGGCGCACUCCAAUCGUGGAGACGGAGAGAGAGAUGGGGGUAACUGAAGAUGAGGCUGAAAAGAGGAUACGAGGGAUCAAGGAUAUCAUACAGGAGCGCCUAAUGGUUUUACAGUUGAGUCUUUCGAACCUAAAGGGAACUUACUUGCCACGAGAUAGCAUAGACUCUAUGCUGUCUGCAAUCACGAAUCUACUAACGGAGCUCCAAGGAUACGAUCAGGAAGUGGGUCAUUUAGAAGAAGAAUUGCGUAAAAUUCCAGCCGAUUUGGAAGCACAAAAGCUUCUGUCGAGUCUAGAAGAAGUUCAGUCUCGCAUCGCCACUCUUUUAUCGCAAGCGGAACAAGGACGCGCUACUUUGGAAAGAGCGCGUGGCCAACAAGAACAACGCGGCCACGAUAUCCACGAAUACAAGAAAUUCUUGGAUGAAACGGAUAGCUGGCUGAAGAAUAUCGUGGCCGGUAUAAAGCAGCAACAACCGCCUACCACGAACAAGGCUUUACAGGACGAGCUGAGCAGUCACGCGCAGCGGGUGUCGGAGCUUGAAUCGUUGCCAGAAAUCAGCACGCUGGCAAAGGUCCUGAAGAAUGCGCUGUUGGAAGUGAUGUCGCGACUGCAGCAAAGGCAGCAGGAGAUUUGCGAUGAAGAGGCGCAAGCGGACGAAACGUCAGACCGAGAUGAUGCCACCCUCGAUCAGGCACCCUCCAUUCAUUCGUCCCUCGAAACUAGUAUGCCGUCUUUAGCCGAUGUUUCUCUGCAAACAGGACAAAGUCUGUUAGCGAACAUCGUCGAGAAACCACAACAACUGACCAAACAAACGUCAACAAAUAAAAUGCCAGUUUCAACAGAAUGUCACUCUUUGACCACGCAAACCAUGGACAUAGCACACCCAAACAUCGAAAACAUUCAAACCCAAGAAACGAUAAAGAUUCUAAAAACCACAGAAGGAGAUCACGAUGUGAUCGAGAUAGCCACGAAGAACGUACCUUCCUCUUCCGCUCAGGAAACCGAUCAGGAACAUGCUGAAGCGACAGCAGAGGACAUCGUCGUUGAUAUGAAAUAUCAAGAUCCCACGAACGCUGACAAUACCACCAGCGAGUUAAAUAUCGUUCACGCUGCUCCACAAUCAUUCGAAACUGUCCUGGUCGAACCAGAUGACGUGACCACCGAAGUGGUAGUAGACGAAGAUGGUUCGAAGAGGAUAAUAGUAAGAAAAUUGAGACGAACCACGAUGACUAGUAGACAAACCACUCAACAACACUUGUCAUCCACGUCCACGGCGAUUGGAGACGCGCCAUCCGUGGUGCAAGCUUUCUCAGAGGCCACCAUGAAGGAUCAACAGGUCACGGUGACUACUACGAAGCCAGAUGGUACGAUAGAAACCACGACGAAACAGAUCCAUGGCGGAAAAGUAACUACUGGCACUCCUUACAAAGAUGUAAAGGUGGAGGAAUACGAAUUGGCGCCGCAGUAUACGCACAUGGUGACCCAAGGUCACGUUCAGGACAUCAGUCCACAACCUUUCGAGGAGGGACUGCUGAUGGAAAGUGGAGAAUAUCGGGCGCAAACGUCGAGCGUGCACGCUGUGGUACAGCAAGUUACUAGAAGAGUGAUUCGAAAGACUAGGAGGAUUAUUAGGAAAGUUACGAUUGUGGACGGUAAAGAGACCACUACCGAGGAGAUCAUAGAAGAGCCCGAAGAAGUGGAGAUCGAUGAGAAGAAUAUUCCGCAUAUUAGCAUCAACGUUAUUAAACAAGAGGAACAGAGACAGUUUCGAAGCGAUGGAGCUACAGGUGAAGAGAAGACACCAGAACGCGUUCUGGUCGAAGAAGUCACUGACAAAGAAGAGAAAGAUUUGAAGGUAGAAAAGAUCGUAACCGAUGACACACCCAUGCAAGGACCGUUCUUUGGAGCAUUCGCCAAAGACAUGCACCCCAGCACGGUAUAUAUAGAACCAGAACCACUGGAAGAAAAGCCAUUAAUUGAUAUCAAAAAAGAUGUUCCAGUGACCGAGAAGAAGGAAGAAAAAGUUGUAGACGUAGCUAUUCCAACAGAGAAGACUUUGGAGAGUCAAAUGGAACCUUCGAUAGCGGAUAUUCGAAAGGAACAAUCUCCACGAACUCCUGAAGAAUCUUUAUCGCAAAUUCACCUCGAUGACAAGAGCUCAAAAUUGGAAUUCGUUGAAAAGAAACCUGAACUAGUGGACAAGUACGAGCAGGAGCACUUCCUGGUCGAGGUAAAAGACAAAAAGUUGCUUCCGUUAGCCAGCCAGGCGUUCAUCGAUGCUGAAGUAUCUGCUGCAUUGCAGAGUCCAAUCGGAGAGAUCAAGAUACACGAGACACAGGUACAGCAAGAGUUAGCGAAGUCUUCGAUCGAGUCGAUCGUAUCGGACGACAUCAUUAAGGCGACCUGUAAGUCUGUCGAUGCACCAGUAAGCAGAGAAACACCCGGUAUCGAGCUAGAAGGUCGCACGGUAGAUGUAGAAAAGCACGAUGACACUAUAGGCACCGUAGAUGUACUAGAGGAAAAGCCAUCGAUCGAAACGGCGACAACAGGAGCACCAGAAUCGUCGGUAGAAUUUGCAUCAACGGAACUACAAAAGAUAGUUGACGUUUCAGAAGUGCAACCUACACAGAUCGAAGGGGCAGUUUCGACGAUUCCAUCGACGGAGUGCGAGAGGCACGACGAACCGGAAAUUUUACCUAUACACGUGAAACAGCAGAUAGUGAAGAACUCGUUCAUUCCGGAGAUCGAUUACUCGGUCGACGACUACAUGGACGAAGCACUGAAACCGGAAUACAAACCGAUCUUCCAUAAAGUGGAGAUAUCUCUGGCUGUGAAGAAGGACGGUGAAGAGAUGCAGCCUACGGUGGAGGUGAAGAGUCAGGCUGAACCGGAAGCAGCUCCUCAUCGUAUAGUGAAAGAAGACGUCAACAUCAGUUUACCUGCAGACAAGGAGAGCAAAUUAAUUAUUCACGACAAGAUCGUACAAACUUCUCCACCGGUUGCUGAGCCUACGAUCGUCAGCUUGGACAAGUAUGUCGGUCUCUCAGAAAGAACAAUGAUUACCUCGGAUAAGUUUACUAUUACAUCGGAGAAAGAGGAAACUGACAAGUCUGUUAUCUGUUCGGAAAAGGAAGAAACUUCUGACAAUGUGAUUACGUCGGAGAAAGAAGACGAGUACCAGACUGAACCUGCGAUAGAACCUGAAGAAGAAAAAUUUGUACCGUUGGUUGAGAAGAUCGAAGAAGAGGUUAAGUCACCUAUGUCGUCCAUGGAGACGAAAUCAAGCGCUUCUUUGGUAUCCAAUAUUGCAGAGUCUAUAGAGAUCGACGUCGCGUUAUCUGAUUCUUCGAAACAUAUCAGCGAAGCGCCACAGCCUGAUAUCACGAAGAUGUUGGAAUCCAGGGAGCUAGAGACGUUGCCGAAAGACGAAACAUCGGAAGGAGAAGACGGUUAUGAGGCGGACAGAACGAUGAUAUCGGCGACAACGCCGGAUGACGAGAGUGUGAUGAGGAUGAAAAAGAAGAAGAAGAGGAGGCAGAGAAUACGAAGCGUCAAGGACGAAGAGCAAACGGAAUUCCCAAAGACUAGCUCUGACGAUGAAGAAUUCACGGAUGAUCUGGCGCCGAUGGAGAGCGAAUAUGCGAAAGCCACGAAGAAGAAAAAGAAGAAAAAGAAGCGUGCAGACGUUGACGUAGGUAAAGACAAAGCUUCAGCCGUCACAUCGAACGAGGCAGACACACAGACUGUUCCACAAGCGUCCAACGUUUCUGUUGCUACGUCGCCAAAGCAAAAAGAGAUAUCAGAAAUUUAUAUUCAAACCUCGCCGCAUUUAUUAGAGGAGACCAAGACACCAGAAAUCGUAAAAGUUCACGAAGAAGCGCAAACUUCUUCAAUUUCGCUCGAAGAUUCGGAAACGACUGAAACACCGAAAAUGGCGGAAAUUCACGCAGAGAUGCAAACGUCUCCGUUGUCUGUUUUGGACUUUGGCAUGCAAACUACACCAGAAAAAGAACCUAAAAAAUCGAUUACUCAACACUCUGAAAUGCAAACGUCUCCGUUACCCGCUUCAGAUUUUGGCGCUCAGGCUGUUACCGAAGAGCCACCUCAGAUAGAAGAAACGAGCACUCAAACGAUAGAAUCUCCUAAGAGGAGAAUGGAAGAGUAUGCUAUUCAAACUAGUCCGAUCGAAGAUACUACAGAAGCCACCGUUCCAAUCGAAACUGUAGAAAUUCAGGUUCAAACGGUAGCAACGGAUGUAGUUUCUAUCGAGGCACAAACGUCGCCAACUGCGCCAUCAAUGGAGAUGGAGACACAAACAGCAGAAAAAAUGGUUGUCGCUGUCGAACAGCAGACCACUCCGCCACCAAUUGAAGAGAAAAUUUUAGCUGGAAUAGCUACUCAAACUGUGACUCCUGAAGCACCUAAGACCAUAGAAACAGAAGCGCAAACUAGCAAGCCAACCAGUCCAGAAAUAGUUACGUUGGACUUCAAUAUCCAAGCGGAUUUGAUAGAACAUCCUUCUGUCGAGAUAAUGGAAACGCAAACGACCCCAGGAGAGAGUCCGCGGCAGGCAGACACUCAAGAAACCGAAUCACAGACGAUGUUGGCCGAGCCAACUCAAGAAAUCAUGAUACAGACCAGUCCAGUUACAUUUUCCCCUGAAAAAGUCGAGGUUUGCGAACUGUCUUCUCAGACUAGUUUAGAAGAGAAGAAAGAAUCGAUGGAUGAACAGUCUCAGACUGUCACACCGGAGAAGAUAAAGACAUUGGACACCUCAGUACAAAUAAAGACGUGCGAAUUGUUGGCACAAGUUGAGGAAAGUGUACAAAUCAUUCCCGAAACUCGCGAAGAUGGCGCGCAAACGAGCGUCGAAGAAGAGAAACCGUUGUUGGUGACGGCUUCACAGCAAACAAACGAUGUAUUACUAGUACCUCGAGAAGAAAAGGAAGUGAUUAAAGAUGAAGAAGGCAAUGUGAUAGAGGCCACGAUAGACGUGGUAGAUGCAGAGGUAAAGAUGCCUCUAAAACUUACAGAAAUUCCAGUAGCACCUGAUGUACAAGUACAAGAAUAUAAAGAAUACCUGGAUACGAAGAUCGAGGAAGUAACAGAACCAGAACCUGUUAUGAAAGAAACUGUUCAAGAGGAAUUCAAGGACGAACAGAAUCUCUCUGAGAAGAUAGAGAAAUCAGAAAUUGAGGAAUCGGUAGCACGUUCGAAGGAAGACACCGAAACUACGGAUGCUGAAAUUAAAAUCCGUUUGCAGGCAACCAUAGAAUUCCCAACUAGCGACACUACUACCGAUACUGCGAGUAAAUUCACUGAUAGUUCGCAAGAUACGACUAUUACAGAGGAUUUAAGCUCUACAGGAAAGAUAGACGACAGCGUUGGAAGGAGGCAGAAACGGAAGAGGAGACACAAGACCAACGAAACGCCCGCAACGACUGAAAAGGAUCUGGAAUCCAUAUUUGGACAACCUGUAGAAUCGCGAGAUGUGUCUCUAAGAUUGUCUUAUUCCGAUGUUACCAAGAAAAACGUGGGUAAAGAAAAGUCUGCCUCUGGCGAACCUGGUUUCUUCGAAAGAGGCUUUGACGACGAUGAUAAUAAAAUUGUCCCGGACGAAAAGGUAGACGAAGAAAUUAUACAAAGCGCAUCAUUGACAAUGAUCGAACCGAUAGCAAUUAAAGAAGCGCCAGAUGUGUGGACGUUAGUCAAAGACGAAGCAGAAGGUCAACAGGCGUCGAUUGUUCCACACAUGCCUUCACCUGAACCAAUGGACACGACCGAAGAACCAUUUUCUCCUGUAGAAUCAAUAGAAAUUUUACAGGAAGAUGACCGGCCACGAAUCAAAACUUACGCGGAUAUCAUCAGUGAAUCUUCGAAAAAACCAGGAAGGGAUCAAUCUUCGUGGGAAUUGUCUCAUCACGCGAUACCACAGAAGGGCGCGAGUUCGAAAGCUUUCUUGUUAGCUGAAACAACAGAAUAUGAACCUCAACAUCAGAUCACGCAGAGCAGUCAAACGACCAAAGCGAUCGCUGAUCGAAUGCAGAGCCUUCGAAACGCUAAACAACCGAGUCAUCUAGGAAACAUUCUUCAUAUAGCUCAUCUGGAUAAAGUGGCAAAUGAGAAACUAGCUGAGGAACGAGCUGCAGACGUGAGGAAGGAACUAUCUCACUUGAGGGACGCUGCUCAAGAAAAAGACGCGAUCGCCGUCGAAGAAACUCUGGUUGUCAUCGUAGAUACGAUUUCCACUUGGUUGGAGACCAUCGAAUACAGAAUUUUCUUGAGCAAAGAGUGUCCUACCGGUCCCUCUCACGAUGAUAAAACUUACGUUGAACUGAAGGACGAAGUGGAAAAUGUGGAAGAGAAUAUUCAAGAGCUCAAUGAUAUUUGGAAAUUAGUGGAGACCAGUUAUCCAGGGGAAGAUAGGAAAAACUUGCAGGAAUGUUUGAACGCUCUCAUGACUCAGGUUAAGAUGAUCGAAGACACGACCGACGAUGGAGAGAAACAACUUACGAGUGAGCUCGCUAGGUGGGAUGAAUUUGUGAAUGGAGUGAACAAUAUGUACAGAUUAAUCGAAGAACAACGAAAACUGCUGAACGAAAUCAUUGAGCUCGAAGCAUCCACAAAAUGGAAGCUACAAGAGCUGGACAAACUGGAAAAUAUGAACCGGUGUCACAUGUGGAAGACGGCAACAUUGCUUACCACUUCACACGAAUUACUACGCGACUAUCCUGGAAAACAUAUUCCAGAAGAGACCUACGCGGCUCACGAGAUGACGAAAAUAAUCGAGCAUGGAAUAUGCAUCGAACGUGAACGUCUCCUCCAAUUAUUAGCCUUAGCCGAAGAGUACGAGCAGACUCUUCGAGAAUUCGCUCAGAUCACCGAAAUCGCGGAGAAUCUAUUAGAGAGUCCUAUCUCGGUGAUGAGUUUAGAACAUUUACAAGAGGAGAUGCAGAAGCACAGGAAGUUCUUCGUGAAUCUAAACCAUUGUCGAGCAAUUCUGGAGUCGCUGGAAGGAAAUUUGGACCCAGAAACCAGAACUAAAUAUUCAGAUCUUCACGAAGAAUUGCAUAGCAGAGCUAUAUCGUUGCUAGAUCAGGCCGCAUCUAGAGCUCAGCAAAUGGCUCUGGCUGCGUCUAGGUGGAUUCUUCUGGAACAAGGGGUGAAAGAGGAGAGAGGAUGGCUCCAAGUUGCUCAUCAACGAGUUCCUGAUCUCCAGACUGUGACGUCGUCUGAUUAUGACCAGUACAUCUCCUUAUAUCAGUCUCUGGCAAUGGACGUUGCGACACACCACGCUCGGCUUAUUCAGCUUCUGAACGUGGCACGCAAUCUCCAAGAAUUGGUGAACAUCGAAGAUCCCGAAGAUCGUUAUGGCGAAGCCUUAGACGUUAUCGUGAAGCUUCAGGAUAACGUAGAGUCGUCGUUGAGGAAAUUGUUGGCGUUUAGAGAGAGUUGGUGCAAUCAGGAAGCACUAAUGAACCGUUUGGAGAACUGGAUGACGUCGGUGGAGAAGGAAUUGGUCAGUAUCCGCGAUCCUUCAGGAGGCCAUAUACGCCAAUUCUGGGAAUUGAAGGCGCAAUACGAGGUGCACAACAACAUUCGAGAAGAAGCUAACAAUAGCUUCGAGCAAGCCCUGAGAAUAAUUCCCUUAUCGGACGAGAUGUUACAAAGGCAGUUCCAUCGUGAGGUUCAAGAUCGCUGGAGCGACGUCUCGCAGAAAAUAAACGACAUUCAAGAGCAAGUAACUCGAAACAUUUCCUCCGAGGACAUUUCGUCCAACGAGAAGCUAAAACUCCUUGAGCGAGAACUAAACGAAUUACGAAUAACCGUCGAUGGUUUUCACGGUGUUCUAAAGACAGAAGAAGAACUAGAUCUAUACAUCGAACGUUUGACAGUCUUAUUCGAUAGGAUCUGCUUGAUCCAAGACGAGCUAGGUCGCCUGGGCUUGCUUCCCGUGGCAGAGAGCGAGAAGGUCGGUGUUCUACUAUCUUCGGCUCGCAGAAUAGAGAGCCAAAUUAGCGAAGAGUUAGACGCAGCACAGUUGCUGAGGGAAAGGCUUCAGGCGAUACAGCGUGGCCUUAGCCGCGUUAGAAAAGCCCAUCAACGACAAUCGUCUAUAUUGGAUCAAUGCGAGGGAAGCGAACAACAGGGAAGCGAAGUAGUCGCUGCUGCUGUGGAUCGAUGUCAAACUGUCGCCGACGAACUGGCGAUUUUAUGGCAGGAUAUCAUGGGCCUUAGACAAUUAUUACACACUCUACCCACAGUAAUGAGAGUCUCGGUAUCGCCAGUCAGCGUCGAACGAGACAUUUCCAACCUUCAAGACACUCAUACAGACCUAGAAGCCAGAUGUUCGCGAUUGUUAACGUUGUUGAAGAACAGACUCGCCUUAUGGAGAAGAUUUGAGAAACAGUUGGAGAUGGUACAGCAAUCGGUUCAAGAGGCUGACUACAUGAUGGAAUUGUUAACCGUGCAAGGAUCUGUCGAUUAUGAAAGACUACUGAAAGCUACCGAAAGGCUAGAGGGUCUGAGCGGUGAUUUGGGCGCGCGAGAAGUUCUCAUUGGCGAAUUGCGAGAGGCUGCCGAACCUCUGCGGGAGGGUUGCGCUGCAGAGGUCCGCGAGAAGGUCGAAGCAGCGGUAAAUGAGGCCGUACAAGCCUGGGAGGACACCAGGGCCGAAUUAGAUGCCCUUUGCACCAAGUAUCAGCACGCGUGCAGAUUGUGGCAGCAGUACAAAGACUCGAGCGCCGCUGUUAAGGCCUGGGUGGACACGCAGAUGGACAGCGUCGCCAACCUGCCACCUGAAGAGGCCGUCAAACACAUCAAGAUUUGCGAGGAAACGAUGGCGGAACACAAGGAGAGGCUGGCGGAGCUUCAAGGGCUGGUGGCGCAGAUCGCGUCGAACGUCGGUCUGGACGCGAGUGGACCGUUGAACUGCGAAGUGGAGGCACUCGGACAGCGUCUGGAUGACAUCCGUGAAACUCUGUCGUGUCUAGCGGAUGCGGCAGACGCCCGUGCCCUCAACCAGGAGCUCACACGUGGCGAUUUAUGCCAGACGAAAAAUUUCCUGGACUCGGUCCAACAGAGCCUCACCUCGGUGAGCCAAGGCGAGUCGAAGGAACAGUUGAAGCUCCUUCGUAACCAUCUUCUCGCGCUCACGUGCACGGAACCACAGCUACAGUCGAUCAAAGAACGCACUCUGGAGGUAUCGACGCAGGAACUAUCCGUAGUCGAGGUACUGCAACGAUGGCAGAACGUCUUCAGAGAAACCUUCCAACAGUAUCACCGGUUAUCGGCUCAUCUAGUCAAAACGCAGGAUGGUGCGACUGCCCUGAAACUCUGGCAGGAGUAUCUGUCCGACGUGCAAGAUUUCCUAUCUAACGACGUGUCCGGUGACUACAACGGUUUAUCGAAACACAGAAACCUGUGCGAGGUGCAUCGAAAUCUCCUGACCGACCAACAGAAUCUCAUUCUCACCGUUCGAUCGGAAGAGGGCAGUAACUUAUCGACAACGGAACAAUUCAACAUCCUGACGAAUUUGCACAAUGAAACGUUGGCUGCAAUUAUGGAAAGACACGCGGCGGUGCGUGACAGAUUGGCCGCGUGGGACAGGUACAAAUCGGACCAAACUAAAUUGCUGUCCUGGCUAAAGGAAAUAGAAAGAGAACGAAGCCAGUUACACCUUCGAUUCAUCCAGUUACAAAGGCUAAACGAAAUUCUUCAGAGGAUACAGGCGCUGCUGGAUAAAAUAGAGCAAGGCAAAUCUCAAUUGGAGUCUCUGCAAGAGCAACAAGAAACUUUGCUCGUGAACUGUGACCAGACACUAGCCAUGUCUAUUCGAAUGGAACUUGCAGCUCACGCUCAAAGGAUCGCCAAUCUUAGUUCUAGUCUCGAAAUCUGGAGAGACUACAUACCGAGGAUACAAAAGUUGUAUGCAGAAUACGAAGAACAGGCGAAGCACAUCACGACAACGUUUUAUGAAAUUGGUCAAACACUCAGUGCAGCGUUCCACGCGAGGCCUGCCAGUUUGUCAAAUACCAAGCAGCAACUGGAAUCUAUUCAACAACUGCAAAACAGACUAGCCGGCAUGACCACGGAUUUAGAGUCGCUGUGUGUGAUCACAGAACAGCUGAGGGAGUGUCUGAGCCCCAUCGAUAUGAAAUCGUUGAAUCAACAACAGGCGCUUCUUCGGUUGCAGCACGGAGACCUCGAACACCAGACCGCGUUGCUUAUUUGUAGGUUGGACGAGCGUUGCGAUCUUUACGAUCGUUGGAAGGAUAGAUCGGCCAGGUUACUUACGUGGAUAGACGAGACUGAGAUCAGAAUUCAAGACUGUGACACAAUGGCGCCGAACGAACCUCAGGAGACCCUGAAGAGACUGGAGUGUGAUCUGCAAGCGGAUAUCGCGUUGAAACAGCUAGAACGGUUGUGGAUACAGAACACUGGCCAGGAUCUGAUAGAGGUAGCCGAGGAAGAGGAAAGCGAAAGGCUACAGCGAACUCUAGACGAAGUGAACGAGAGAUGGGAACGGCUGCUGGCUAUGGGAAAAUCUAGAGCCAGCAAAUUGGUCGAUUUGAUGAGAACUAUGGAUACGUUGGAGAAGAGGAUAAGCGAGUUAAGGAGCUGGUUGGCCAGCGUGGAGUCUCAAUUAUCGGAGACGUUCGUGAUCGAGGAGAUCACUCAGAACUGCAUCGACAAGAAGCUCGACGAUCACGAACAUCUUCAGAAGACUAUCGAAGCAGAAAGCGGAAACAUCGGCGAAGUGUUGAAUCUCUGCGAAAUUCUGUUGAGCGACUGCGACGCCUGGAAGACUUCCUUCAACACGGACGCGAUAAAGAACGGAAUGGAAGGUUUGGAGCGUAGGUGGACAGCGACCUGCGUGAAAUCUGCAGAGAGGAAAGGGAAGAUCAUUCUCGCAUGGAAAAUUCUUCAAGAACUGGAGAAGAUCAGAGCGGAACACGGGGGCUGGCUCGAAGAAAUCGACGUGGCCCUUUCAGAAUUGGAGAACAACCUGGAUGAAGUUUCCAAGGAAGAAUCGAAGAAAGCCAUUGAGAAAACCAGAGGCAUCUUCGAUGAUAUAGAGGCGCACGAAUCGGUGAUCAAGAUAAUCGAACAAAACUUUAGUCGUUUAGCUAGGACAGGUCUGGAACCAGAUAAUCUAAAGUCGCUUAUCAGCGAGACUAGACGGCUUAUCGAUAAGUGGCAAACGUUGAAACCUCGAACGAACGCUAUUCUACUGGCGCUCCAACAGGGACAGAAGAAUUAUCGAGAUUUCAUCACGGUACACGGCGCGGCGGUCGUCGGAUUAACACAAGUCGACGUUCGACUGACCACGACGCAACAUUUAGCUACGUUUGAGCAAAAAUCCUCGACACGUCGAAGACUACAACAGUUGAACGAGAUCGAGGAGGAGCUUCGUACGCAGAACCUCACAUUGCAGAAAGCGGAUGAGUUGGCGUUGAAGGUUAUGCAAGAAUGUCAUCCGAAUGACGUGGCGACUAUCCAAGAGCUGGUGGACGAGUAUCAGGUGCUAUGGAAAGAUAUAAAGGAUAGAGUAGCUUCGUUGAGAGCGGAAAUCGAGGGACAGGAGAAGUUGGAGGUUGACGAAGCUGUGCAGGUGGAGACGUUGAAAUUCGAACAGGACACUGCUGUUCAAGUGGACACUUUGCCGAGGAUAGUGAGGAUGACGUCUAGCGAUGCCUAUCUGAUAGAAUUGGAAGCUGCUCUGAUUGAGUGCAACGAUGCGCUGGAUACGCUGGAAAUAGCAAUUACGCCGGAUCCUGUCGCUGGACCUGGAUUAAACACAGCUGCUAAGAAUAUUAGUAAACUAAUUGGAAGCUGUCAAUCGUCGAUCGAAUUGGUUCGUCACUUGCACGGGUUGCUCAUUGAGGAUGGAAAAUUAAACGCGCAGGUUGCCAAGGCGAACGAAGUAGCGGCGUUGACGAACAGAUACGAAAAUCUGUUAAUCCUGGCGAGAACGCGAGAACAACAAAUCAGAGAACUCAGGUCACCUAACUCUGACGUUUACACCUUUCCCUGUGAUCACGAUAAUGGUAGAUUAACCUGUCCCUUGUGUUCGCGCCGUAACUGGGCUCAAUUGGAGAACGAUCUCUGGAGAUUAGAAAAAUGGCUGGAAUUCGCAGAAGGCACGCAAAGCGAACAACAUUCGCCACCAAGCAACAUAGAACAAUUGGAGGAUGUCAUACAAGAUCACAGAGAAUUUGUACUCGAUUUGGACAGUCAUAAGAGUAUUCUAGUCAGUCUGAACACUGUCGGCGCUCAUUUAGCCGAUCACACGGAGGAACUGUGUCGAGCGAUGCAACUCAGAGACAGAUUAACCGUCGCAAACACGAGAUGGGAGAAGGUGUGCAACGUGACUGCACAUUGGGAGGAACAACUGCAAGUUGCGUUGAUGUCGAACCAGCAAUUCCAUCGUAUUAUAGAGGAACUGCUUACCUGGUUGGAGAAAACGGAAGAUAGUAUACGAGCCAGCGAACCGGUCGACUUGACCGAGUCGACGGAAAUUAUGACCGCCAAGUACAAUAAAUUCAGAGAACUGAGGAGCGAUCUGGAGCGGUGCGAGCCCCGAGUUCUGUCGCUUCAAGAGUCGGCUAAUCAAUUACUAGACGAGAAAGGCGAAACCAGAGCACGCCUACAGGAAUUGCGACUCAGAUUGCAGUCCCUUCGCCGACUGACUGGUAUAUACGCGUUGAAAUUAGGGGCAGCUUUGGGAAUGGACCCACGAGAUAUUGGACUCGCAGCCACAACUUCUUCUCUCGCUUCCCUCUCUCACGAUCUACUCGACGAAGCUGCCUCUGGAACCUCUCAGCCCCACGACGCACCUGGCACAACUGGUGACGAUGGCGAACGUACGGUAUUAUCUCGGGGAUACCGUUUCCUGGGCCGAGUAUUGCGAGUAUCCUUGCCGAUCCAGGCGCUGAUGCUGCUGCUCCUCGGCGUCGCCUCGUUGGUACCAUCCGCCGAAGAAGACUACAACUGCAUGCUGUCGAACAACCUCGCCAGAAGCUUCACGCCAAUGGUCGUCUAUCCGAACGGGCCACCUCCUAUCUAAUGAUAAAGAAACCUAAUCUCGGACGCACCGAUUUCGUAGGGCCCAGAAGAAUGUUCAACCGAAAUAUUCAAAGAAGUCGCGGGAAGCGGAAACGCGAGAUCGCGCACGAUCUGCGUACAUAUGUACCUACUUAACUAGUCUGUCAUAUGGCGAUCCAUUGAUGCAAUCGAUAAGAGAGAUCAAUAAUAGAUCUGAUUUUUUCGUACGUCGCGAUUCUCCUCGAGAUGGUCGAACGUUUAAGCAGAACUAUAAUGUUCGACUAUCUUGAUGAGAAAAAAAAGAAAAAACUGGUCAGACACAUUCUUCUAUAGACGAUGAUUUUACACGUAACAGACUAAUCUAGACUGAAAAGGCUCACGUUGGGAUAUACUAAACUGAAAUCCAAAUUUUUUGGCCUUAAAUCUAGUUGGAUUAAAGCAGGUAUAGCGCCUUUGAUCUGACCACGUCCCAAUGAAAGACUACGUUUAAAGACAGUACGAGCAACGAUGCUUGCUAUUCGGAAAUUCAAUGAAUAAUUCAGUUGUUCUUUCGUUGGAUCUUUUCGUUUGCCCUUAAUAUAAAAUUCGAUGAUUUUCAUUCGUUUAUUCAUCGUUGGUAUUAAAGGUACAAAUUUGUAUAUUCUCCGUUUGUAUAAAAUUUGUAAUAUAAUUGGACCUUCUCGUAGACAAACUUUAAAUAACAAAUUGUAAUCUUUUUAAAACAUGAUUUCUAUCUCUCGCUUCUAAAAUUGUAUAGAUUAUAUUGAGGUAAUUACUUACGUUAAAUACUAUUUAACAUAUUGAUGUCGACAUACGUUAAAAAUGUUACUUAACGAAUAUAUUCCAUGAUAGCGUGAUAUUACAUACAAUACCAGUUCGACUUUAUUUUUUAUACGUUGCAUUUAUAACUCGAAGGAAAGUAGGCAAAGAGCGAAGCUCGAUUUUCUAUAUCGAGAACGAAACGUCCACUGACCGAUAUUUCAGAGCGUGAUCGCGAUUAACGCGAUUAGUCAUUGGUGCUAGCUCGACCGCUAUAGAGAGAAACAUAAUAAUUAAUUAUAAUAUAUUAUUAUCAUCGAGGUGUUUUCGAAUUGUUCUCCUUUCCGUUCUUUUUUCUACGAUUUCUUAGGGUAAACAGUGGAUAAGGGAAAAAGCGAAGAAGGGAAGGAUAGAAUAAAAAGAAAAACGAAAAAAAAAAGACACAGACGUAUCGCAUAAUAACCGAAAUCGCAUAAUGAAAUUACCGACGACACCUCGCACGAGGUGCAUCUUUUUCGAACGAGAACGAUACACUUUCGGAUACGCACAAAAGGAUCAUGAGUUUAUUAUUCGAGGUACAAAAUAAGAGAACGACUGUAUUUAACGGCCCGCUAGUUUCGCUUCCUAAUUUAUCGAUAUCUUGCUUGCUGCGCGACCGAGCUUUGUUAUGUAUUUUUAUAAGGACAGAGCUUUCCGAAGACGGUGUACAUCUGUCGAUGUAAUAUAAUUAUAAUAAAUUAAAACCUAUAGAGGCUUCA